ACUCGGCGCCCGGCCUGGGGGAAGAGUCCGGUCGAGGCUUGGGCGUGGGAUCCGUGACCCCGUGUUGCCCACGGCCAGGAGCCGUCGAAGCGCAGCUUCCCGGCCCGCACCUGCGCCCCUCGGAGCGCCCAGAGCCCGCGGUCCUCGGCGUCGAGCUCAGCAGCGUCCGAGCCCGGCGCGUCUCUGGCCGCCAUGGCCGCCGCCGGCCUGCGGGCCUUGGGGGCCAAGGGGUCGGGCUGGCUCCGGCGCGGCCCGUGGGCUCCGCUCACCGCCGGCUUCUGCAGCGGGGGGCCGGCCGGGGUCGGGCGGCCGGAGCCGGGGCCGCGACCCACCAGCGCGCGGCAGCGGGACGGCAUCAGGAGCAUUGUCUUGAGCGAUCCAAAGAGAAGAAACGCCCUGUCACUGGCAAUGCUGAGAUCUCUGCAAAGCGACAUUCUUCAUGAAGCCGAAAAUCAAGAUCUGAAGGUCAUUAUUAUUUCAGCUGAGGGGCCUGUAUUUUCUUCUGGGCAUGAUUUAAAGGAACUGACGGAUGAGCACAGCCCAGAUUAUCACGCUGAAGUAUUCCAAACCUGUUCUGAGGUCAUGAUGCUGAUCCAGAGCCUCCCGGUCCCCGUCAUCGCCAUGGUGAACGGCUUGGCCACUGCCGCCGGGUGUCAGCUGGUUGCCAGCUGUGACAUUGCCGUGGCAAGCGACAAGUCCUCCUUUGCCACGCCAGGUGUGAACAUCGGGCUCUUCUGCUCCACCCCCGGGGUGGCCCUGGGGAGAGCUGUGCCGAGAAAGGUGGCCUUAGAGAUGCUCUUCACUGGGGAGCCCAUUUCUGCGCAGGAGGCCCUGCUCCACGGGCUGCUGAGCAGGGUGGUGCCGGAGGAGCAGCUGGAGGAGGAGACCAUGAGGAUCGCGAGGAAGGUGGCCUCACUGAGCCGGCCGGUGCUGUCGCUGGGCAAAGCUGCCUUCUACAGGCAGGUGGCCCAGGACCUCAAGACCGCCUACCACCUCACCUCCCAGACCAUGGUGGACAACCUGGGCCUGCCAGAUGGCCAGGAGGGGGUCAAGGCCUUCCUCCAGAAGAGGAAGCCCGUCUGGUCACACUGAGCAGCCUCAUCAGAGGCACCGGGGGCCGUGAGCCCAGUGGGCAGCGCUCAGGACCCCCCCCCCCCGCCCCCCCCAACUCCCAGCCUGACCUUCCGACCCCCAACCACCACUGCUGCCUUGUGACUGUAGCAGUCAGCCUGCUUUUCUGGCAAUAGUAAUGGUGCACGUGGUCUGUGUUAAGAGCCACGAUUCCCUGGGGCAGGGGCGGCCUGGGGAGUCGGGUGCUAAUGUGAGCAGAAGGGCGUGAGCACCUCUGCCGAGCUAGCUGUGUGAGGAAGCCAGUGUGUGAUGCUCCUUCUGGGGACCUUAGGUGAGGGGACCCCCGCCCCCACCCCCAGGGAAGAAGGUGAUGAUAAACUAAGGCAGGAAGGAAGGAUUUCAGCCUGACUGUUACCAGAAAGGGCCCCUAAGGCAGAGGUGGUGCUGGCUGCCCACCAGAGGUGAAGCAUUUCAAAUCCCCACGAGAUGCUCUCCACUCUGAAAACCUUCUUGAUUCUAUUGAGAAAUGAUCAUGCCUAUGGCUUUGGGAUAAUCUUAUGGGAUUUUUUAAAAAAGAUUACCUAUUUAGAGAGACUGAUAAUUUUAUCUUCCCAACCAGACUGUAAGCUAAGAGAAGAAAAUCGAUUUUAACCCUUUCUUUGAUGCCUGUGGGGAUAGAUGUCUGGUGGGUGCCUGGUGCUUCUGUAAUGAAGGUCCCUGCCACCAAGAUACUGGGAGCCCGGACGCUGGGCUGAACCUGAGGAUAAAAGCAUCGGGGAGAGAAGGGAGGGACGCAGAACACACAUUCUCCCCACCAAGAACCACCUGCUGCGGAAACAUUUCCAAACUGUGCUCAGCUUCUGGUAAAGAAUCCAGACUCGCAUCAGGCAUUUGAGUUCCCCAGAGAUGGUUUAGGAUCAAAACAUCUUACUUUCUGGCUUCUGGUCCAAUGAGGCCCCAGAAAAGUCCCAGACCUCGUGUCUGCCAGCUCGCACCUGGGGCUGAUCAUUUUUUUAAGGCCAGUUUUUUUUUUACCUAAUGAGUAGAAUGGCCGUAAAGGUAAUUAGUACCGAAGACAGAGAACCGUGCGGCUCCACCAGGUGGUUCUCAUUCUAAUCACAGGGGCAAGCAGCCCAUGGAAGGGAGGUCCCCUAGUGGGGCUUCUACUGAGAUUGGCUUUUCUUUUCUUUUCUUUCCUCCCUCCCUCCCUCCCUUCUUUUUCGCCAGAGUUUAGAAAGGUGAAAAAGUGUUUUCUUGGAAAGGAGGAGCUUGUUACUAAGAAUGUUCCUCAGAAGAAGAGAGCUCAUCAGAGCCACCAGUCACUGGAGUCCGGUACACACUGGCACCCCCGUACAUCCUCAUUCAGUCCCCACCAGAGCCCAGCCGAGUGGGGCCACUAUCACCUCCUUACAGAUGGGUGGUGGAGAUCGGGGAGAGGGAGGGCCCCAGGCUCUGACUGCCGAUAAAGCCGUGGAUGCCUUUCCCGGGCUGCCCAGCUUAUGAGGGAGCCUGGGCUGGAGGGAGGCCUGCCGGAAGACCUGCCCCCUGCCCCGCAGCUUUCCAGAACCCAGGGCUGGGCCGAGCACGCCCCCUGCUGGAGGGCUUUGCCCGCGUGCCGGGGACAUGGGAUUUCACUCUUGGCAAAUCACCAGUGGAGUUUUUACGACUGAUAAACAACUGGCUGAAAUUCCAGCCCAGGCUGUGCAGGACUGGCCAUCACAAUCUGCUCAAAAACAACGCCACCCAUGGGGCCCCUCCAGUUUGCCCACCGCGGGAGUGGCUGUGAGGCCACUGCCAGACCCCACAGUGAGGAGAGGGUGUUAUAAACUCUGGGCUUUGAAGAAAGUUAGCAAAGCCUUCACACACGUCCCACCAAAGACCAAAAGUUGCCUUUCCAGUUUCUGUAUGAGCUGCACCACAGCCUCCAACCAGGAAAUCCUCGGGCCUCUAGGCUGGCUUCCCAGCCUGCGAGCUGAAGUGCCCUCAGGGACUCGCUGUAAAUCUUAAUAAUCGCCGGCACGGAAAGUAACCCAGAAGGAAAAGCGUCUGCCCAACCACAGUACCAUAUAACUCAUCCCCAAGGCCAGUGUAAACUGGGGUGAAUUUGCAUCUCUGCGUCCCUCCACUGGGAUGCUGAAUGAAAACUUUCUCAUCACCACACACGAUGAUUGCUUCUGGAAAGCCUGGUGCAUUCACCUUUCCCUCUGUACCACGUGCUGCUCAGGGAGCUUUGCUGAGCUCAGCCCAGUAGACCCCACGCCAGCAGGUUCAGGGGCCAGAAAGUCGGUGAAAGGGGCAUUUGUUCCUGCACGGCCAGGGGGAGAAAACAUUCCCGAGGCCACCUGAGCCCCCGAGAAUACAAUAAAUGACUAACUUUACACCAACGAUGGCGGGGGGCCCCACCAGGAGCCUUACUGAGCUGAGUAAAUUUCCUCUUGCCAGGCAGGCCCAGGAAGGAGCUCUGUCUGCUCCCCUGGUAUGUACGAGGCUCAGAGAAGUUAAGGCACUGGCCACGGCGAGGCCAGCAUCUAUCUGACUCUGAAUCCCGUGCCCCCAACACCAUACUUUUUUCCUCCCAACGUACCAAGAAGAUCACCGUCCCAGCCUGGAGAGACAGACGACUGCGGCGCUCAGAGGAAGCCAAGCAGACAUGGCAGCGCCCAGGCGACGCAACUGGCAGGCACAUUGGCACUCGCCACCUACCUCUACAGAGAUCAAGUCAGGCGCUGCGGCAGCUGCGGCCUGCCAGCACCCCCCGAAAGGUGCUCAGGGUGGAGAGCUGAAAUGAGGCGCUCUGUGCUCUGUGAAAAACUGGCACAACAGGUCUUUCGAUAGUCAGGUAUUUUUAGGAGCCAACUUUAUGAGCCCAAUUCUUGUAUCUCCUCCUAUCCUGAGAAACUAAAAUCCUGCAUGGUGACGACGGCUCCCAUGACUACCAAAAGCCUGCACGAGACGAGCAGAAACCUUCUGUACGCAACAUGAGCUUGAUGGCAUGUUUUUCCCCUUUCACCUAAAUCACACAUAUACUGAUCCUCCCCUCCGCCUCUUUGGCACAGUUUCUCAGAGCUCUCUGGGAAGCUGUCUGCUGGGCUGCAGGCCUCAUUUUGCCCCAAAUAAAACUUAACUCGCAGCUCUCAUGUGCAUUUUUUUAAGUCGACACAGUGUUGCUUACCAAGGGGGUCCGGGAGAAGCACGGAUUUGACCUCAGAGAGAGCCGAGUUCAAGUCCCGGGAUUGCGACUGUCUAGCUGUGUGACCGUGCAGGUGAUGGAGCCUCUUGCGGUGCCCAGGUCCCCUCCUGGGACCCUCUUGUCCUCCCGGUUCUGACAUUGCAGAGUCUACAGCACUGGGAUUGGAAACUUGCUGCACAACCUGAAACAGGUAGCUUUGCUCAGAGAAAAUGCUCUCUUACAGAUGGAGAAGAUGCACCUUUUUUCCCGAGAAGUGGUGAACAGUGGAAACACCUGAUUACAUUGGAGAACGCGAACUCCCUUACAGGUCCUCAGAGCUUGGGGGCCACACCUGAACCUUUGAAAGACGUCCGGCUGGAAAGCCUCUACAGGGGGCAGAGCGCUGUUGAAAUUGGCAAUCACCGUAAUUUUGUCUGGGGGCCCCCUUGCCUCUCUCCGUCCUCUGAAAACCCACUGCACUAAGCUUUAAAGUUGUUUUCAAAUAUUUGAUUAACGAAUGAUUAUUCUUUCCUGGCAGUCAUCAAGAGGCCAGAGUUCAAAUCAGCUUUAUUGAAGUUGACCUGUUACCGUUAAUAAAUUUAUCAAAUUUCAG